AUGCGUCGACGAAGCGUUGCCAGCGGGCCCUGCACCGAGGUGCCAGGCUGCUGUAGUGGCCUUCAUUAUGCGACGGUGUCGGAGAGGGUGCACAGGUGGCCUUGCCGAAGGAGGGCCGACGGCACCGAGAGCCUACGCGGAGGGCCCGAUGCGGGCACCCAGCCGCUAUCUCUCCUGGCGCAGAGGCUGCCUCCAUCCCUGCGCCUCUGCCAUGGGCCCAUGGGCUCCGGGUUGGCUUGCACCCGGGCCUUCGGGCCAGGCGAAGACAUCGCCGCCGAGGCCAAGCUCGUUUGGUCCUCCGCGGAGGCGAGCCAAUCCUCGGCGGGCAAGGCAUUCGACCUGGAACGGCUUUUUCCAACGCAGCUGCGGCAGAGAUGCGGUGCUGAGAUCCCAGCAGCGCUCACGGCAGCACUGGCCCUGCUCUCACGCAGCGUCGUCUCGGACGGCCUCUACGGCUGGUUUCAGGGCACUUGCUCGGGACCGCAGCACUGGAAGCAGCUUCCCGGGCCGCGCCUGGGCCUCCGAAGGCGCGCCGGGCAGGCGAAACGGCUCCUGGAGGAGGCCCACAAGGAGGGUUUCCUCAAGGUGGCGGUCUCUGUGACGGAGGAGGAGCUGAUCGAUCUCGAUCUCCGGCGUAUCGGUGUGUCGCUCGGCCAGCCCAGCUCGGUGCCCUUCACCCUCGCGCUGGUGAAUCACUCCUGCAAUCCGAAUGCGAAGCUCAUCUGCAAGGGGCCGCAGCUUGUCCUCGUAAGCCUACGCAACAUCUGCCAAGGGGAGGAGAUCUUCGUGUCAUACAUCAACGAAAUCGAUGACGUUCUCUCCAGGAGGUACUUCCUACUGGAGUCUCACGGAGUGAAAUGCCUGUGCCCGAGGUGCCACGCGAACUUCUCCGGCGUCGGCGGGUCUGUUUUAAACGGCUGGCUGUGCACAUCGUGCAGGGAGCCGAUGUCGGAUGAGGCGCUCUGCUGCCCUCGCUGCGGAAACCCGGCCUCCCGCAGCGCGCGCGUGGCGCGGCAGCAGCGGAGCCUCCGAGCAGAUCAGGCCUUUCGCCAGUGUCUUCGACAGCUUCAGCAGCUGCGGGGCCCAGGCAGCAGCAUCGACCCAGAUGCACUGCGUGGGGUGCUUUCGGCACUGCAAAGGAUCAUGGCGGACAUCCAGUUCGUGCGACCUCCAGGGAGCAAGCAAAGCGUGCAGGUCUUGACCGGUUCUCGCUUCUCCCUGCCCGGAGUGAAGGAGUUCGUUGCGCUGAUGGAAACCGAGCUCUGCAAGGAACUGGCGGUGCAGCGCCGGGUGCUGCAGUCUGAGAGCAUCCCCCCGGUUCCGCCUUCUGGCAGCAGUGACGAAGCCUGGCAGCGGCGUCUCGCCGCAGCUCUGCGGCUUUCUGUGCCCUGCGGAGGCCGAGGGGCCGCUAAGCGGCGCCUUGGGCCGCGCAGCGACGGAGGAUAUGUGGUGUGGGACGAUGGCCGAAGACCACUUUUCUCGGCCCUGCUGAGCUACGGUGCAGACACGAAUGUGGACUUCGAGUGGGAGCUCGCGAUGACUGGCACUGAUGUGCUUCUAUUCGAUCACACGGUGGAAGCACUGCCGCGGCAGCAUCCGAAGCUCCGCUGGCGACCCGAGGCCCUGGCCGCAGAGCCGCUGCCAGGCACCGCCGGGACUUUGGAGGAGCACCUUGAGCAGCUACUCACCUUCGCCGACGGUGCGCGUAUCGCGCUGAAGGCGGAUGUGGAGGGCGCCGAGUUCGCCGCGAUCCUGUCCACCCCGGAGAAAGUCUUGAGCCGCUUCGAUCAGAUCUGCCUAGAACUGCACUGGCUGGGCCGGCCCAUGCGCGGGGGCGACUACGAGACCAAGGCGCGUGCUCUGGAAAAGCUGGCCGAGCAGUUUGUGCUCUUGCAUGCUCACGGCAACAGCUACGGCGAUAUCUUGAACGUCGCUGGCUGUCAGCUCCCCGAUGUUCUGGAGGUGCUCUAUGUCCACAAGAGACUGCUGGCGCCAGGCAGCACGGCGCCAAGUGAAGUCGGUUUGGUGCCGAACCCCAUGCUGGACGCGAACAACUGCCAGUUCGUGCCAGACAUCUCCCUCCUCGGCGCCCCUUUCGGCGCAGACGUGCUUUCAGAGGGCCGCUGUGGAAUCCGAAAGGACCCAAUGCUUGCUGCGGCAGGCCUCAAGCGCGUCGACUGCCCCGCGCGGGAGGGGCUCACCGGCCUUGACCUGCGCUCCGAGCUUCAUGCUCCUAUCCAUCAGCUGUACAUGACAGACAUUGAGGGCAAGAGGAAGGAGGACGUUGUGCAGGGGAAGAUGCUGCUGCCCGCGAGCCGCAUGUACUCCGACGAGAUCAACUGGCGUCCCGGCCGACGAGUGAUACCGCACCCGACCUUCGUGGAGUCGGACAAGAUCACGGCCCGUCCGCCCUUUGUUCCGAGGAAAGGCAGCUGGGUCACCCUUCAAGCUGCGAAGAUGCCAGAUAACAAGUUUGACUCUAAGGUCGAUAGCUUCGCUGCAAACUUUCUGCGGCAGAUGCGCCGAAGGCGCCGGGAAAAGCAGAAGAAGGAGGACCGCGAUUGCCGACGCCUGGUGCAGGGCUUGGACGUGUGGGAAGGAGAGCUCCGUCGGCGGCGUGUGCUGAGCCAACUGCGGAAGGGGGAGCUGAACCAGCUCGAAGGGGAGCGCAAGGCCCUGAGUCUCGGCAAACCCGACACGCCGGGCAUGUCCAACACCCGCCAAGCCGAGCGCAGCGGCGCUUUCGAGGAGCAGGAAGACAAGGAGCUAGUCCAGCUCAUCUACGUCGGAGAGGACGGGUCCGAUCCCACGAAGGCGUGCGCCUGUGGCGUAGAUUCCAGGCGCUUCUUGCUCUGGCUGGGAAGGCCUGAUGAGAAUGGUAUCGCUGGCACUUGUGACAAGAGCAAGCAUGUGGAGCUCAGCGGAGUGCCGCGAGAGCUUUGGCGCUGUCCCCCCGCCGGAUCGGAGCAGCAGGCUCAGUGUUUCGGAGGAACCUCGGUGAGCCUGGGCUGCGCCUGGCGAUCCUGCGUGGACUGGGCCAGCAGUUGCUGCAACAAGACGAGCUGGUGCAUCUACGGCCCAACGCCGUUCGGCCGAGCGGCCACGCUGGCACGAUUCCAGCGCUGUGUGCCCUGCUUCCAGUGGGUCUCCGAGCUGAGACAGCGAGCCUGGCAGGAUCACCUCGACUUAGCACCACUGCUGGCGGACAUCACUCAGCGGCCUUUGGUCGAGCUGCCUGCAACUGCCUCCACGAAAGAGGUGAGAUGGCGGAAGGCGCGGGACCAGCGUCAGCUGGCCGUGUCCUUCCUUGUGUACAGCAAGACGGGCCGGAACUUUGUGAGGUUCUUCCUCUCGCAGGUUUCGGGGCCGCACCGAGGGAAUUCCGAGGGCUGCUGGAGCUUCACCGAACUGGGAUCUAAGCGUCUGCAGCUGCCCCAGACGUCUCGGCUGCCCGUGGGUAAGCCCUAUUGCAAGCUGCGACAAGUCCACAUCUUGCCAUGGUCGAAGCCCCACGUCAUCCGCGUCUCCACACACCGAGCCGGUGCCGUGGUGGUGCGGCCAAUGCCCGCAAACUCACGCAUGGUCCACAUGUAUCGUGAUCCAGCACGGUGGAUCGCCAGCUACUACCGGUACCUGUCCGGUCUCCAGAGCGUCUUUCAUGAGAACCCUGCUUGGCACACCAUCCCGGGCCUGGCGUCUCAGGGAGAGACGCUGCGCUUUUCCGGCUCUGUUGAGUUGAAGAACCUCCUGGCUUCCUGCAGAGGGCUUUGCUCGCUCUAUGACCUGCUGAAUGCAGUGCCGCCAGACCAGGGUGUGUUGAUAACGUCCCAGAUCAUUCGUGCUGAAGUGCAGCUGAUGGCGAAGGUGUUUGUGAAAACGUACCAUGAUCCCCGGGUGCUGCAUCUCUCCGUCGAUCACUUGCACCUGAACUACUACAAGACCAUGCGCUGCAUGCUCCGCUUCUUGCGCUGCACUGGGCAUCCGGUGAGUGGCAGCUGCAAUCAGCUCGUCGGCACGCUGCGAAAGCGAGGCCUGGCACCCACGGACGAUGGCUCGGACAUCCGAGAGCACCUGCGCUACAGGCGCCAUGCCACCUUCAACAAGCACAACAACUCCCGGCUCCGGGCAUUGGUGAGGUCUGUCCCUGCCUGGGCCCCAGGCCUUGCGAGCUUCCAAACCCUGGCGGCAAAGGCCUCCAAGAGGCAGGCCACGCUCUUCGGUUGCCCGCAGCGGCUGCCGCCAUGA